AUGAUUGACGAAGAAGAGUGCAUUUACAAUUUAAUUCCAAAACCACCACCAGAGAUUAUCAAGGAACCACUCCACAAGAGCAAGUUCCAAGACCAAAAGCAAUUCAUGACAGCUAAAAAACUCAGCCAUGCGACAAUGGGUCCACACCCAGAUAAAAUCAGACAGAGUCCAAAAGAUUUCUUAAGGAAAGGUGAGAGAAUCUCAAAGAAGGAGCUUCCACCAAAGACUCGUGUUGUUCCAAAAGGAAAUGAAGGUUUAAACAACCCACCAGUUCCAAAGGCAAAGGAUAUUCCUAAAUUGAAGGAGCAUCUAAAGAAGAAUUACAUUCUCGAGAACUGGAAACAAGCUCCUAAGACUAAGAAAUUACAUCCAGAGAAGCAAGAAACAUGGUACACAGAUAAGCCAGACUACGGUCAAGUUCCAGCUUAUAUGGACCGUGUCAAGCAAGAAGCUGCUGACGAAGCUGAAUAUUGGGAUAAUGUUCGUGAAUCAAUGGUUCCAGAGGAUACAGAGACAAGAUGCCGCCUUCUUUCCGAAGAAGAGCGUAUCGAAAUCCUUAAUGGCCUUUACGCAAAUCUUGCCGAAAACAAGAAACGUUAUGCUUCGUUAUCUUUCGGUCAAGAUAACCUUUCAUUCCGCAGGAAGAAGGAGGAGAUGGAACGCGAAGCUGCUCAGCUCGAAGCAGAUAUCAAAACAUUCGAGCGUCCUAAUGUUUAUAUUACUGAGAAUUAA